AUGUUGCCACGACCAAACUCUCCAUCCACCGCGACGAUUGGCCAUCCUCAAGAGAAAAAACUCAAUAGUGAGGGCGACAAUGAUCAUUUGGAGGCUUCACCCAGAGAACAUAAAGUUGUGUACAUGUAUACUUUGGAAACCUCCACCAAUUCCUUAGAGGAUAACCUUAACGAAGUACUUCCUCCCUCUCCAUCUUCAUCAUCGGCAUCUUCAAAUUUUGCCAUUGUAAAUACACAACAAAAUGAUGAAGAGAACCACACUGUUCAGAACGGUAGUGAGUUGUUUGGCAACAACAUCAAUGAGAGCUUUUCAGAAAUGACAAGCGCUGAAAAGAUCAAGAAAAGAAGGCUGGCACAGGAGGAAGAAUUAAGGAAGAAAGAAGCAGCCUAUCAACUCCUACUAAGGAAUGAGGAGAAGAAGAAACGAAGAAUGCAGAAGGCGAUAAAUCAGAGAAUGGAGAUUGAAAAAGAACGAAUGCGAUUGGAAAUGGUUGAAAAGACACAGGACCAAAUGACCAUUCUGAAAAAGAUUGAGGAAACAAGAAAAAAAAAUGUUCAGAAAAAGAUUGCUCUCCUUCAGAGCAGUGCUUUCCAUGUGUACAUGUCCAAGGUAAAUCUCAUCAAAAAAUUAACAGAAAUCGAGGUCAAAGAAAGAUUGAAUCAAAUUGUUUCUGAACUCCAGGUCAACCCUUCGGAACAAAGCCAGCAACAGCAACCUCUCACAUAUGAACAAGUUAAAAAACAAGCACAAGAAGAACAUCGAAAAAUUGUACAAGAGAAAGCAAACGAUGCACAACAACAUUUGAAACAUUCAAACUUGACAUCAACCACCAAAUUUGCCCAAAAUUUGCAACAUCUCACUUCUCUCUCUGAAAAGGAAGAGGACGAAGAAAUCAAUCAAAGCACCCACAAAUACCUCAAACACUCGGUGAAACAUCGACACGAUGCCAUCGUUCAAGCACACAAGAACUCGGAAGAGAUCAAUAACAGCGUUAUUGAACAAAUGGUACUUUCCAAAAAGCAGCAACUUGCAUCUGAAUUUGAUCAAAAGAUUGUACAGGAUCAUUUGGAGAAGGUUAAAAAACUUACGUAUGCCUCCAAUGUGGUUGGGCUGGAGAGCGAGGCGCUUAAAGAGCUUCUCGAGCUUCCUGAAGAGCAAUUCGAGACGGAUAUUGGUGUUGCCGAUGCAGAAAUGGAUUCUAUCCGUGUGGAAAUUUAUAAUUUGGAAGCAAAACGAAGACAGAAUCAAUCGACCCAUUCUCAACACAAACUUGAAGUUAAGGAAUUCAUAGAGAUGGGAGAGCAAAAGAAGAAACGAUUCAAGCAAGUUUUGCCCAAAUUAAAACAAGAGCUGGAGGUUAUUAAGAAAGAGGCUGCUCAAUACGAGGAAGAAUAUGGAGGCAUGUCUCUCACUACAAUGGACGAGCAAAUGACAGCCAACAUACAAGAAAUGACGCGUCUGAAGAGCGAGGGUAAUCAAAUUCUUACUGAUCUCCAAACAUCCUUCCAACAAACAAGACAGGAACUUGAGAGUCAAAUUGAAGACUUGACACUAGAAGUUGCUGAGGCGGAGAAGAAGGCCAGUGAAUGGAAGGAAAAAGUUAACGAUGCAUUUGCAAAGGAGAAAAUGAGAGAGGAACGACUCAUUUCCAUGCAGCAAGAAAUUGAAAAACUCAAAGAUGGAUGUCAAAACUUUGUCUCCAACUUUGAAAAGAGAAAGAAACAAGCACACAUCCAAACCAACCAAAAAUAUGCUGAAAUUAUCAUGUUCCAUGAUUUGAAGAGUAUUAUGGAAAAGGCCAAGAGAUAUUAUACAUUGGAGUUGGGAACAGCCUUGAAAGAUAAUACUUCUCUUAUGGACUAUUUAAAUACGAGAGUGAAGACUUUGAAAGAAAGAUUGGCUGCAUCAGAGUUUGCUCUGCAAAAAAGUAUUGACCUCACUACCUUUUUGAAAUCACUCACUCAUGAUAGCGUCUAUUUGGAACAUACAAUCAUGUCAAAAUAUUUGGAAAUGCGAGAUCAAAUCGUUACAGGAUGGAGAAGAUCUCUUGAAAAUAAGGUUAGAUUGGUGGCUCAACAAAACUGUAGACCCUUCAUUGAAAGAGAGAGAGCCACGUCGGUUGUGAAACGCUUCAUUAAUACGGUGUGGAUGAGAGACAUGUACAAGUCAACCAUAGGUGUAAUUAUUCGACCUGAAGAGGCUUUGGAGAGAGAUCAUGAUUUGGAGCGUGUGAGACAACAGGUCGAGCAACAGACAUUUAAGGAGCAACGACUUGGAAAGUUGCUUCUUGAACUGUACCAUAGAUAUGAGAAACAACGCCUCGACAAAGAGCCAGAAAAAGUCAAACAAGAGGAAAAACAACGUAUCACAGAAAUAACAAGGGCUGUAGAGAAAAAAAAACAAGAGCUCCUCGAUAAGAUUCAGUACGAAUCAGAGAGCGACGCCGAAAGCGACAUUGAGGAUUCAGAUAUUGAAACGAAUUCAGAGAGUGACUACUUUAGUGAGGAGGAAGAGUCUUUCAGUUUUGAAAUUCCAACUCAUGUUGAUGUGAUCAAGGAAGAAUUUGACGCACUCAUCGAAAAUAUUAAGGAUCAGUUUCAAACUAGAAUCCAUGAGGAACUUGAGGAGGUGAAUCCAACACCAGAAUCGAGCUUCCUUGGAAAAGGCUACUACAAACGAGGAGAGAAGCUGUCGUUUGUCCUUCAUACCAGAAGAAAAGACAAGUAUGAGAAAAUGAUGGCCUCCCGUAAGGUUGGUUACACAUUCUUAGAGAAAUCCAAGCAAUCCAAUGAGCAAGAGAAAGAAAUGAAGAAGCAACGUAUCUUGACUGUUUCUCAAAAAAUCAUGAAAUCUCUACAAGACUAUAUCGACUUUUCUAAGGUCGAUAAAAAGAUGGAGAGUGUGGUCAUUCCCAACAUUAAGAAGCAGCAAGAACAUAAGGCUAAGCUCGAAAGCAAACUAAGCAGAAAUGAACAAAUCAAUAGAGUGCCAGUCACCACUUCUCAAAUCAAACAAGGUAUCAAUCAGGUGACAAAGCAAGAUCAACCUCUCAAUACUUUGUCCUUUACUUCCAUUCCGGUCAUUCGCCCAACAUCCAUCUUUGGUGAGUAG